CCUUCUUCUCGCUGGAAGGCUGGAGGACCGGCGAGGGGCCGCCUGAGGGGCCGGCGGGCGGGCGGGUUGUCGCUCCUUCCGGCUCCUCCUCGGUCGCCGUCAGCGCCGCCGCCUCUCUGGGUCGGGCCGGCUCACGUGACCAACGCGGGCUCUGAAGCGGUGGGCCGGACCGAGACGGCGGCGGCGACUGCGGCUCGCGAGGUAGCGGCCUGGAGACGGACGGGCCGGCUGCCCUCUCGGACGGCCGCGGCGGAGGACGAAAAUGGCGGAGGCCUCGGCGGCCGGGGCGGACUCGGGCGCCGCUGUGGCUGCCCACCGGUUUUUCUGCCACUUUUGCAAGGGCGAGGUCAGCCCCAAACUACCGGAAUAUAUUUGUCCCAGAUGUGAAUCAGGCUUUAUUGAAGAAGUGACAGAUGAUUCCAGAAUCUAAAGUUGAAGGUUCCUUCCACAACCAGGAAAAACUACACACUUUACAUUUCUUAGGUGGUGGCAGCAGUCGAAUAGACAAUAGCACAACAACACAUUUUGCAGAGCUUUGGGGCCAUUUGGAUCACACGAUGAUUUUUCAAGAUUUUAGACCGUUUCUAAGUAGCAGUCCACUGGACCAAGAUCAUAGAGCCAAUGAAAGGGGUCACCAGACUCACACUGACUUCUGGGGAGCCAGGCCUCCACGGCUGCCAGUGGGUCGGAGGUACAGAUCUCGAGGAAGUACUCGUCCUGACAGAUCUCCAGCUAUUGAAGGAAUAUUACAACACAUCUUUGCAGGAUUCUUUGCAAAUUCUGCCAUUCCUGGAUCUCCACACCCUUUUUCCUGGAGCGGGAUGCUGCACUCCAACCCUGGGGACUAUGCCUGGGGUCAGACAGGGCUUGAUGCCAUUGUAACCCAGCUUUUAGGACAACUGGAAAACACAGGUCCUCCCCCAGCUGACAAGGAAAAGAUCACAUCUCUUCCAACAGUGACAGUAACUCAGGAACAAGUCGAUACGGGUUUAGAGUGUCCAGUAUGCAAAGAAGAUUACACAGUUGAAGAGGAAGUCCGCCAGUUACCUUGCAAUCACUUCUUUCACAGCAGUUGUAUUGUACCAUGGUUAGAACUGCAUGACACAUGUCCUGUAUGUAGGAAGAGCUUAAAUGGUGAGGACUCUACUCAGCAAAGCCAGAGCUCUGAGGCCUCUGCAAGCAACAGAUUUAGCAAUGACAGUCAGCUACAUGACCGAUGGACUUUCUGAAGCUAAAAACCACACCUGAAUCAGGGCUGUGGUAAUCAUCUUACCAUAGCUGUAAAUUGUAUCAAAACAAAAAAUUAGUAGAUGGAUAUAGGAAUCACAUAAGAAACCCAAUGCAUAAUAUUAAUGCAAUGAAUGUUUUUCUUCUCUAAAUUUAAAGUUAGUAUUUAUAGAUGGAAUUGUAUCUACAACCAAAUGCCUCUUAUUCAUGAAUUGAGAGUGAUAAUUUUAUAAGUGUGAAACUUAAUUAUGUAGGGCUCCCCCCACCUGAAUAGAAUCAAUCCCUUAAAGUCUAGUUAGGGUACUGCUAUCUGUCAUGUCGCCUUUGUAACAGAGGUUUCCACCUCCUUCUCCACCCACUAUCCCACCAUUAGUGUAUUUUACUAUAAAAACAGUGGAACCACAGCCUAAAGUCCUGCUGCUAUAAAGUCCUUUUGUCUUAAUUGUAUUUAAAAAAAAAAAAAAAUCUAUUCUUGGUCACAUUAGCUGUGAGGUGAGGCCAAAUUAAUUCAGGAAUCUAAGACUAAUGAUUUUGUUUUGUAUUGAUUCCCAGAGCACAAAUCAAAGAAGAAUUACAGUGAGAAAGGAAAAGUGGUUUACCACCAUGUGCGUUGGUUUUCUUAUUUAAAUUUUUAAAGACUACUUCAGUUGAUGCAGUUUCCCCAGAAAACUACAUAACGUAUUUUGGGAACUUCAUGUUGGUAGGAAUCUGAUUCCGUUUCCUUUUUGGGAAAGAGUUGGGCAGCAUACAGACAUAGAAAGACAGAUGUUUGAGAUCUUUGCUUUUAAGAUUGUAAAAAAUGAUCCCCAACUCAUUGAUUUUUGUUUAUUUCUUUGUGUUGCCUAGGCUGGAGUACAGUGGCACGAUCUCAGCUCACCACAGCCUCAACCUUCCAGGCUCAAGUGAUCCUCCCACCUCAGCCUCCCGAGUAGCUGGGACUACAGGCGUGUGCCACUAUGCCUGGGUAAUUUUUGUGUUUUUAUAGAGACAGGGUUUCGCCAUGUUGCCCAGGCUGGUCUCAAACCCCUGGGCUUAAGCAAUCCGCCUGCCUCAACAUCUCAAAGUGCUCAACUCAUUGCUUACUGUCUUUUUUCCUAGUAAUCUUAAAAUAAUUUGUGUCACAGAAAUAGAUACAGUAAGCAUCUGCAGCCAGUUCACUGUUUUUAGUAACUCAUUGGUCUUCAGGAGUUAAGAUUUUAUGUUGUCACAUUUUAACUCUUUAAGCCUAUUUUUCAUCUCUGAAACUUUCCUUUUCUGCCUGGUUCUGGCUAUACUUGGACUCAAACUGACCAAUGUGAACAUGUCCAAAACAGCUUGGCCUGGGAGAAUUAGGCCUUAUAUUUUCAGCCUUGUAGCAUCCCAUGCCCAUGCUUUUUGUAGUAUUUAAGUGUUUAACGUUGAAUAAAUGAAGGUCAGGAAUGUUGUGGAAACUUCAAAAUCUCAAAAGGGGAGACAUAUAACAGCUGUUGGUGUACCAAAAGAAGGUACAUAGGGGCACCGUUAAUAUUGUCACGUUAGCCUUUGAUAGUUUAGAAUGAUCAGAACAAGAACACCACUCUUUAAUGGGUUUCUUUCUUGGCUAGGAGUCUUUCCUCAGUUUUUGUUGACUAUCAUAUGCCGAUUUGUAGGUGAUGGCAGGGGGCUUGAAACCUUUUUCUGUACUUUGGUAGAGGGUAAAGGAGUCAGGGAGGGAAAAGAAAAAGUGGGGGAGUGGCCUGCUGAAAUAAUAACCUGCCUCCAAAAGUUGUGACCAGAAAGUAUGAUUCAGCUGGGCUCAGAGGGAAUAAAAGAUGUUUUCUCAUAUACCUCCCAUAUUA